AUGCAACAGCAUUAUCAAGAUGCUAUGGCUAUAAUGAGACAUGUUGGUAGACCGGAUUUAUUCAUAACAAUGACAUGUAAUCCAAAAUGGAUAGAAUUACAAACAGUUUUAGAAAAUUUUCCGCCUGGUACUACACCAAAUGAUAUUCCAAUUAUAACAGUACGAUUAUUUUAUGCCAAAUUUUUGUCAUUAUUAGAUAAUAUCGAAAAUAAAAAUUUAUUUGGAAGGGUAAAGGCAUGGGUUUAUACUAUAGAAUUUCAAAAAAGAGGAUUGCCUCAUGCUCAUCUUUUAGUAACUUUACAUCCGCAUGAUAAAUUAAAAACACCUGAACAGAUAGAUAAACAUAUAUCUGCUGAAAUAUCUAAAGAUGAAAAUUUGAGAAAAUUAGUUUUAGAUCAUCAAUUACAUGGCCCACAUACUGAAACAUCGCCUUGUAUUCAGAAAGGAAAAGUAAAAUGUACUAAAAAUUAUCCUAAAAAUUUUCAAGAAGUAACGACGUUACAAAAUAACGGAUAUCCAUUAUAUAAACGAUGUAAUAACGUAACUGAUAAUAAUGUAUAUCGAACACAAUAUAGUGAUAAAAUUAUAGAGACUGAUAAUUCUAUGGUUGUGCCAUAUAAUGCUUUCUUAUUAAGAAAAUAUAGAUGUCAUAUCAACGUUGAAUAUUGUGCAUCUAUUGAAAGUGUUAAAUAUAUUUAUGAUUAUAUACACAAAGGAGGAGAUAGAGCACGAUGUAAGGUGCAAAAACAAAAUUAUCAAAAUGAACCAAAAUGUAAUGAUCAAUUAGGAAAUGAUGAAGACGAAAAAAUAAUUUAUAAUGAAAUUGAUACAUUUAUUGACGGAAGAUACUUAAGCGCGAUGGAAUCAGCUUGGAUGUUAUGUGGGUUGCCUUUAUGUGAUAGGAGUCAUAGUGUUGAACGAUUAGCUGUUCAUACAGAAAAUCAGCAAAAAAUAGUUUUUGAAGAAACUAAAGAAAUUGAAGCCUUGUCAAAAUUCGAGACUACUUUAACAGCAUGGUUUGAAUUAAAUAAGAAUAAUGAUUUUGCACGUAAAAUUGAAUAUGUUAAUAUUGUAAAAUAUUUUAACUUUAAAGAUAAAAAAUUGGUAAAACGAGUUCGUAAACAACGAUAUCCAACGAUUGGCAGAAUAGGGAUCGUACAUCCUAAAGAUAUUGAAAGAUAUCAUUUGAAACUAAUAUUAAAUAGAAGUAAAGGGGCAACUUCUUUCAAGGAUUUACGAACUUACAAGAAAAAAAUUUAUAAAACUUAUAGAGAAGUUGCUAUUGCAAUGGAGUUAGUAGAUAACGAUAAAAUGAUUUAUAAUACAUUUGAUGAAGCAUGUACAAUUAUGAUGCCAUAUCAAUUGAGGAAUUAUUUUGUAAAUCUUUUAUUAACUGAAAAUUUCGAAGCCAAUUUGAUUUGGGAAAAAUAUAAAAAUUAUUUUAGUGAAGAUUUUCACGACAACAAAGAAAACCGAGCUUUAUUUGACAUUGAAAAAUUACUAUCGAAAGAAGGUUUUUCUUGUGAAAGUUUAGGUUUGCCAAAACCAUAA